AUGCCGCAUAUGAUCAUAACAGGAGGUGACUUCAACAACCCCAUUGUAAAAGGGACUAUGCUGGAGGUCAUGGACAUCAUCCUCGGUCACCUUGGCUACUGUUACAGAAUAAUCGGAGCAGCGAACCUUUCGGCUGGAUCAAAGCUUCCAAACAACACGUGGACGGGUGUUCUUGGCUACGUUCUGCGACAGGAGGUGAACAUGACUGCCCUUGGCCUGGCCCUCACAUACCAGCGCGCUAAGGAUCUAGACUUCAGUGAAUAUUUGUACCUUGAGGAAUCCUCGGCAGCGUACAAGCGGCCGGUGCUGCAGCCCGACGUGGCAGGUUUUCUUCGGCCCUUUACAGCAUACAUGUGGUGCUCGAUUUGGAUGACCGUGAUUGGCGUGAUCCUCAGCCUCGCUCUCUUCCGGCUCGGAAUGCUAAAGAUCCUCUCGCGCUCCAACAGGCAAGAGAGCGAUGGCUUUGCAGUGGCGAGGGACGAAACACAAGGCGCUUUUCAGAAUCAUCUGAGUGACGGAUUCUUGGUUACUCUGUCCUCCUUGUUUUCACAGUCCCUCCCUCGCAUUCCCCGCGAGGACUCGACGCGCGUCCUGACUGCCCUGUGGCUCGUGGCGUCGCUGAUCCUGGGCACCGUCUACCGCUCGAACCUGAAGGCGAUGCUCAUCCUCCCGAGAAUUACCAUUCCCUUCAACAACCUGGAGGAGCUGGCGGACUCUGAGGUGCCGGUGUGGACCUCUACGGACGCCUGGAUUCAUAAGGCUUCUGAGAACGCCCCGCAGUCCACAGCCCUGGGUCGCCUGAGUCGGCUUUUCAACAGCGUGAACGGCCCGACGAACGUACCCUGGGGUGUGGCCGACCUGGUCCGCGGAAAGCACGCCAUUGCUGCCCCCCGCACGGCCAUCGUUCAGAUCCUUCACGAGACGUUUUCGAAAACGGGGCGAUGUGCGAAUUACAUCAUGUCUGAAGGGUUUCUGAAGCCCUACAUCCUGACAUUCUUCUUUCCCAAAGGAUCUUCUCUCAAGGCAAAGAUCGAUCCUCUACCCCAAAUUCCUGUUGUUAUCACACGUAAACCAUUUACCAAAGUCGUCAUCUUCAGGAUCAUAAGGCUGAGGGAAUUCGGCCUCCUGGACUACAUCUACAAGAAAGGAGUCGUCAAUGCCACAGAAUGUCUUAAACCCAUCUCCUCAACCCAGUCGAAAGAGCUUAGAACCCUUGAACUUGGCGAUUUUUAUGGGGUGUUCAGUGUCUAUGCAGGAGGAGUACUUCUGGCUUUCAUAAUUUUCUUCGUUGAGCUCAUGUUGGGCAACCAUCCGGACAGGCGCUGA